ACUUUUGCAACACUGUCUUUGCCACCAGGUCCGUUUGGGAAGUAGUGUGUAUUGUUAAAGGUUUAACAUUUUUACUGUAAAAAUAUAUGAAUUAUAGAAGUAAAACCUUACCAUAUACAAAAGUUUAAAAGCAUGGCUGACAUAGGGACAUUAACUAUUAGAGAAAUAUACACAUCCGAUAAGAAUGGUAGCGAUGAAACUGGAGACGGUUCUGCAGAAAAGCCAUUCAAGACAAUCUUGCAAGCCAUGCGACACGCUGGUAAAGAACCUUUUCCAUCCAUAUACGUGGACUCGAAAGAUGAACAAAAGCAGUACGACGUAGCUGCAAAAUCACAGCUAAAGAAAAUUCAAAAAAUUUGGUGUCGAGAGAACUAUAAGACUGCUGAGAAAGCUAAAGUCGACGAAGAAAACGUUGAAAAGAGACAACAAAAUUUGGAAGAAGCGAAAAAAAUUGUACUAAAAGAGGACCCUAACUUACCAAAAGCCACGACAGUAAAAAUACUUGAUGCUGGACAGCACCGUGGAGAGAGGAUAUGUGUCCGUGGUUGGGUGCAUCGACUAAGACGUCAAGGAAAAUCCUUAGCUUUCCUUACAUUGCGUGACGGUACUGGAUACCUGCAAUGUGUCUUACAUGGAAUUCUUUGCCAGACUUACAAUGCUUUGCUUCUUUCCACGGAGUCAUCGGUUAUUCUUUAUGGAAAACUUGAGGUAGUUCCCGAAGGCAAGUCGGCACCAGGAGGUCAUGAGUUGACAGUUGAUUACUGGGAGCUAAUUGGCUUAGCUCCGCCCGGUGGUGCUGACGCAAUACUGAAUGAAGAUGCUUUACCUGACGUCCAACUGGAUAACAGGCAUAUAAUGAUCCGCGGUGAGAACACAACGAAGGUGCUGCGCGCGCGAGCGCUGGUGACGCGCGCGUUCCGCGAGCACUUCGCGGCGCGGCUCUACACCGAGGUGACGCCGCCCACGCUGGUGCAGACGCAGUGCGAGGGCGGCUCCACGCUCUUCAAGUUCGAUUACUUCGGGGAGCAAGCGUACCUUACACAGAGCUCGCAGCUGUACCUGGAGACGUGCCUCGCAGCGCUGGGCGACGUGUACUGCAUCGCGCAGUCUUACCGCGCCGAGCAGUCGCGCACUAGGAGACAUCUGGCCGAAUACAGUCACGUGGAAGCUGAAUGCCCUUUUAUCAAAUUUGAUGACCUGCUGGACAGGAUCGAAGAUCUCGUUGUAGAUGUAGUAAACAGGGUGCUGGAGUCACCAGAAGGACACUUGGUCUACGAACUUAACCCCAAUUUCAGGAAACCUGAGAAGCCUUUUAAACGUAUGACGUAUGUUGAAGCUAUCGAAUAUCUACGCGCUAACAACAUUACUAAAGAUGACGGAAGUUUCUAUGAAUUUGGAGAAGACAUUCCAGAGGGUCCAGAACGGAAGAUGACAGAUGCUAUAGGUGUACCAAUUCUGCUCUGCAAGUUUCCCGCUGAAAUUAAAUCUUUCUAUAUGCUCCGAUGUGAAGACGACCACCGUCUCACUGAAUCCGUUGACCUUCUCAUGCCAGGUGUUGGAGAAAUCGUUGGUGGGUCUAUGAGGAUGUGGGAUCACGAUGAAUUAAUGGAAGGUUACAAGCGUGAAGGUAUAGACCCAACUCCAUACUACUGGUACACAGAUCAACGAAAAUUUGGUUCAGUACCACACGGUGGAUACGGCCUCGGAUUAGAACGUUUCCUCUGCUGGUUACUCAACAGAUACCACAUCCGCGAAGUGUGCCUCUACCCUCGCUUCUUGGAAAGAUGCACACCCUAAAGGCCAUAAUAAAACUAUUUGCUUUUGUUUGCAUUUUA